AUGAAGGAUGUAGAAGCUGGUCAUGCGUUCAUUCUAGAGGGAGGCGAGGAGGAGGCCAGGCGCCGAUGGGGCAAGCAUGUUGCGGCUGGGAAAUUGGGCGUUGUUCAUGCGUCGGGCAAGAAAAAGCCUCGCCUUUUUGGGGAUGGCUCCAUUUCUGGAGCCAACCAGUCUUCUCGCAUCAGGGAGCGUGUUCGACUACCUGGUCUUCACAGUGUGCAGCGCUUCUUCUCGAAGCGUGGGGACAAACGCAAGUGGGUGGCUCUUUCUUUUGAUGUGAAGGGUGCUCACAAGCUGGUUCUUGUACGAGAGCAAGAACGGGGCUUCAGCUGCUUUGUCCUGGAUGGCAAAUGGUUUGUGUGGAUUCCGCAUGCAUUGAUGCUCUACGUUGACGAUGCAUUUAUGUUGUUGCCAAAAUCAGUCGGGCCAUUGGUUGCUUCGACUGCCAUCAUGCUUGUGUCGGCGCUGGGUGUGCCUUUGAGCUGGGCCAAGCUGGGCAUUGGCAGCGAUUUGAUUUGGAUUGGUUGGCGCUUUGAUUUUGAAACAGGUAUUGUUCUGCUCCCUCCUGACAAGGUCGAGUCAUUGCUAGAGGCCUUGGAUGAGAUGCGCCGCAAAGGCCAGCGGCUGCCUCGCAAGCGCGUGGAGAAAGUCAUCGGCAAGCUCACGCGGUUCACGUCUGGAGCUUUAUGGCUUCGGCCGUGGCUGAAUGAAUUUUACUGCUUGCUGCGCAAGCCGCGUGCCGUAACUCGUUUGUUACUUGUCAGUCAGUUUGAAAACUUGAUGGCUGUUCUUUCUUCCGAUCUUGCUGUUGCGGCGGAUAUGAAAGAGUGCGAUAUUCUCUCAAGGGCUGGAAACUUCACUCGGUGGCUGGUACAGUGA